AUGUCUAGCACGGCAACAUCUAUGGACGACGGCAGUAAGCCGAAAAAACUGGCCCAACCCCCGGUAAAGGUGGCAUGCACCUCCUGCCGCGCUUCGCGAACGCGAUGUGAUGGCCAGAAGCCCAUCUGCCAAAAUUGUUUGGUUCGAGGCAAAGAAUGCCGGUAUCUCAAGAGCAAUCGCGGGGGUCCACGCGUGUCGCGCAAGAAGGCCUUGCUAGCUGAGGAACAAAGACGGCGCGCAGAACAGAGUAAUAGUCUCAACGGCCAGGUGGUGCCUCCAGACGCCGACUGGAGUUCACUGGUUUUGAGCUCGGAAACGCUUCACGAUGAGUUGAUCGGCUCCAUGAUAGCCCCCGGGGCGGGCCUUCUGGACCUCGACAACGAAAGCCAUAGCGACGAGAUCUUUGACAGUAUAUUUCCGGACAUGCCGAAAUCAGAUCACUCCUCAGAUGUCCCUGAUUCGCAGCUGCAAUUUACUCCCUACAAUCCGCUCAUCCGACACUACCAGGACAACAAAAGCGUCCUCAAUGCCUACUACAUUUUCAUCCAUCCAUACUUUCCAAUCCUGCCUCCUCCGCCCAUGGUGUUGGAGGUUGACAGUCCUGGGUCCGAGUCGAAAGGCCUUCAACCUCUAUCACCGUUGGCCAUGGCCUUGCUGGCAGUCUUGGUUCUCAUACCCCACCCCGACGACCUCUUCGGGGACAGCGAUGAAUCAGUGUACCAAAGACGACAGGAGGCGCAUGCAUAUUCACAAAUGACAAUAGCAAGCAUCGAAUCUGAAUCCGAACUACUCGAGUCAACCACGAAUCCAGCUGCGGCUCUAGAAAAUCAUCGGCCGUUUAUCCAAAGGGAACCGCUACAUCCCUACGUACCUAUUGAACUAGAAGCCCUCCUGGCAUAUGUAGUCCUGAGUGUCUAUGAGUAUGCUCAAAGGGGGAAUCUCGCCAAAAUGCGGAACCGUGCCUCUCAGGCGUAUGACGCCGCCGUCAGCCUCGGACUGAACGACACCUCCAGACUUGCACCGGAUGAAUACACUGAAGCACGGAGGAGAGCAUGGUGGAUGACGUAUACUGUUGCAAUGCAGUGCGCCAUCGUCUCUGCCACCCCUCCCAUGAUGAUAACCGACCUCACUCAUUUCAGGACUCCCUUUCCCAUGAUAUCGUCGGAUCCGGAUGCCUGGCUCUUUUUCCUUGAAGCUCAGCAGACCAUCUGCCUGUGUACCCAGUACACAGUUGCUUUAAAGAAGGCGCUCGAGGCUGGCGUAAGCCCAAACGAGCUCAGCGGGAAGAAGACUGCACUUGAUAGAGAAAUUGACGCCAUACUUUACAGACACGCUGCCCAGCCAGUUGAUGUCCCACUACUAUCGUCGACCGAUUUCGAAGAGCAAACCCUAGCCAGGUCACUCCGGGCUCAAGCUCAUAUCAAACUCAACAGCGCACGAAUCAAGCUCCACCGCUAUAACGCCUUUCGAGAUCUACCAAUUUUUACGCGCAAACAUUGUGACCUUGAGCCUACCGAUCCGACGGCGCCACGACAGCUGGGCUGUUCUUGCCACUCCGUGAGCCCGACGGUGACGCCCGAAAGUAUUCAAUCCGGGAAUAACUCGAUAUCGCCUGCUGAUUCCGACCCCAUGCCGAAACUGGCCAGCGAAAUACCCUUCAACGACCUUAUCGCAGCCAAAAUCUGCAUGAAAGCUGCAUUGGCGAUAGGACGAGCCUUUGAAAUUCUCCCAUAUCCGAAUCCCAUGCAGCUUGCUCCACCACUUUACGGCCCAUCGAUGUUAUCGAUAACUUCAAUGAACCCUGCGCCACGCACCAUGCCUGCCUUCGCUUGUUGUGCCAUGCAAAGCUGCUAUACCCUGUUGACACUCUGUUACAGGAGUCUGGAAAGACAAUGCGUCUACCAGCGAAGUGUGGCGACUGAUAAAGGUCUGGAAGGUCUUUAUGCUGGCAUUGGCCGGGUCCUGGCAGCCUUGCAGAAUUAUUCGAUGGCGUUUGAGGCGUUGAAUGGCAUGACACAACAAGUGGAAGAAGCCCUUGACGCUGUCAAGGGUGCGAAAUAA